CAGCGCUGGAGUUGUUUCGUCCGAAGGAAAUUGAACCAUCAGAAGUGAAGUGUAUAUUGGCGGAUUCUCGACUUUUCCUUUACAAAUCUGGGCAUCUCCUCCAGUGUGGUGUCAUCAACAUGUUCUUUGCGACUAGGAGUCUGUGUCUACGCAUAUAGGUCCACUGCGCACCGCAAUUUUGAUAUUCAUUUUGAUAUUUUCAAGUUCCUGGACAGUGUGGACUUCCAAAUAAUAUCUGACUCGACAACCCUCCAUAAUUGACUCCUACAGCAUGCCGCUUCGUAAUUUUCUUCAAGGCCAGGCCUAGUAAAUUAUGCACAGAAUGGAAUGCGUCCAACAUAGUAAAGAUCCCAAGUUCUUCUCCUUUGGUAUAAGUCCUUCAUAGAUAUCAGCCGUGCUGGUUGGACAUCUUUGCUGUUGCAGAGGUUUCAGAUCAUUCGCAGUGAUGGCGUCCCUCACGGUGGUUCCAUCGUCAAGCUCAGCCUCGUGCUCGCGCCCCACCACUUCUCCAAGAGCGGCUACGACCCCCAAGCCUGCAUUGUCCAGCGCCAGCCGUUUGCGGACAAACACGAGAAGCCUGAGACUUCUGGCUGUUCCAGGAGCUCUCAAGCGGACGCCACAAAGAAAGCGAACUUGUGAGGCCAGAGCGAUUGAAACUUCAGUUUCUGAAAAUGCGGAAACUGAAAUUCUACCGAAGGCCAACCCUCUGUCGACUGACCCAAAUGCAAUUGCCAGCAAUAUUAAGUACCACGCGGAAUUUACACCGUCGUUCUCGCCCUACAAGUUUGAGUUAAAGCAAGCAUACGUUGCUACAGCCGAGAGUCUAAGAGAUACAUUGAUACAGAGAUGGAACGAGACGUACAAGCACUUCACCCGGGAAAAUGCCAAGACUAUCCAUUACCUUUCCAUGGAAUUCCUGCAGGGGAGAGCUCUUCUGAAUGCUGUUGGCAAUCUUGAGCUGAAGGACGCUUAUUCUGAAGCUCUCCGCAAGCUUGGCCAUGAUCUUGAGGCUGUUGCAGAGCAGGAACCAGAUGCUGCUCUUGGUAAUGGUGGUUUGGGUAGAUUGGCAUCCUGCUUCCUUGAUUCGUUAGCCACUCUUAAUUAUCCCGCGUGGGGUUACGGACUGCGCUACAAGUAUGGCUUGUUCCAGCAGACCAUCACCAAGGAAGGUCAGCAGGAACAAUGUGAGAAGUGGUUGGAGAUAGGCUACCCUUGGGAAAUCCCCAGGAACGACAUCUCCUACUCCAUCAAGUUCUUUGGCGAGGUGGUCGAUUCCGAAGAUGGAAAGAAAAAAUGGGUGGGAGGUGAGAAUGUGAGUGCAUUAGCUUACGACGUGCCAAUCCCGGGUUUCCGCACCAAGAAUACCAUCAGUUUGCGGUUGUGGUCCACCAGGGUUUCAGCCGAGGACUUCAAUCUUGAAGCAUUCAAUUCGGGUGAUUAUGGCAAGGCUGAUGAAGCGCAGGCUAACGCUGAAAGAAUCUGUUACGUGCUGUAUCCUGGGGAUGCUACUGAAGAAGGCAAACUGCUGCGGCUGAAACAGCAGUACACGCUCUGUUCAGCUUCCAUCCAAGACAUUAUUGCACGCUUCAAGGAGAGGUCGGGAGGUGAAGUGAACUGGAAUGCCUUCCCUACGAAGGUGGCCAUCCAGAUGAAUGACACGCAUCCCACUCUGUGUGUGCCCGAGUUGCUGCGGAUUCUCAUCGAUGAAGAAGGCCUGUCUUGGGAUCAAGCUUGGAAAAUCACACAAGCGACGGUUGCAUACACAAAUCACACUGUUCUCCCUGAAGCAUUGGAGAAGUGGCCUUUGAUCGCUUUUCAGAAGCUGCUGCCGCGCCACGUUCAAAUCAUUGAGACUAUUGACGAACAGUUUAUGAAGUUUGUUGCCAGCAAGGUGGACAAGACAGAAUUGGAGGCUAAGAUUGCCAGCAUGAGAAUCCUUGAGAACAUUGAUCUUCCCGGUUCAAUUCAAUCCCUCCUACCACCAAAGCCCAAGAAGGAAAAGGUAAAGAAGACUUCAGAGCCAGCCACUAAAGUUGAUGGUGGAAAAAGUUUUCUAUCAGCAGUUAAGGAACUUGUAGGAACCGCUAAAUCAGCAGUGAAGGAACUUGUAGGAACCGCUAAAUCAGCAGUUAAGAAGGUAAUAGAGGAGGAAAAGGAGGAAGAGGUGGAUGUCGAAGUUGCCCCUCAGAAACUUGCAGGGACAGUUCGAAUGGCCAACUUGUGUGUGAUUGCUGGGCACAAAGUAAACGGAGUUGCUGCAAUUCACAGUGAAAUUGUGAAAGAAGAAGUCUUUAAUGAUUUCUACAAGAUCUGGCCUGAGAAGUUCCAGAACAAGACGAAUGGAGUGACACCAAGACGGUGGUUGAACUUCUGCAACCCUGAACUGAGUGCAGUCAUUACGAAGUGGCUGGGUUCUGAAGAAUGGGUACUUGACACCAAGCAACUAGCCGGCCUUCGUAAUUUUGCAGACAACCAGGAGCUGCAAAAGGACUGGGUACAAGCCAAGAUCGCAAGGAAAGAAAAGCUGGCUGCGUACAUCAAAACCAAAACUGGAUACACAAUCAAUCCCAAUGCACUUUUUGAUAUUCAGGUGAAGCGUAUCCAUGAAUACAAGCGACAACUGCUCAACAUCAUGGGCGUCAUCUACCGGUACCAGAAUAUGAAAAAGAUGACCCCCAAGGAGCGGGCUGCUAAGUAUGUUCCUCGUGUGGUCAUGUUCGGUGGCAAGGCUUUUGCGACCUACUGGCAAGCCAAGCGGAUUGUGAAACUCAUCACAGAUGUUGCGGCAACUAUCAACAAUGACCCUGAUAUAGGAGACUUACUCAAAGUCAUUAUGGUUCCUGACUACAACGUCAGCGUUGCGGAGGUUCUCAUCCCUGCUAGUGAAUUAUCACAGCACAUCAGUACUGCGGGAAUGGAAGCCAGUGGAACAAGCAACAUGAAGUUCUCAAUGAAUGGGUGUGUCUUGAUUGGCACUUUGGACGGUGCAAAUGUCGAGAUUAGGGAGGAAGUUGGCGAGGAUAAUUUCUUCUUGUUCGGAGCAAGGGCAACAGAAAUUGCAGGAUUGAGAGCAGACCGGGAGGCUGGCAAGUUUGUGCCGGAUCCAAGGUUUGAGGAGGUGAAGAAAUUCAUUAGAAGUGGAGCAUUCGGCGACUAUGAUUACAGUGAGCUUUUGGGCGCUCUAGAAGGCAACUCCGGCUAUGGCCGAGGAGACUACUUCCUAGUUGGUUACGAUUUCCCAUCCUACAUUGAAUGUCAAGACAAAGUUGACGAGGCAUACAGAGACCAGGAGAGAUGGACGAGGAUGUCGAUCAUGAACACUGCAGGAUCUUACACUUUCAGCAGUGACAGGACUAUUCACGAGUACGCCAAAGACAUUUGGGACAUAAUGCCCUCACCUGUGGCAUGAUUCUCAUGAAAAACACAAACGUCCAUAGUUAAAAACCACUAUGAUGUUUGUUGAGGUAGAUAAAUUCCUGUAUAACCCUCACCUUGAUCGGUAGAGCGAUUGUUGCAAUGCGUCAACAAGUGAGAAUCUCAAGUUACCUCGUCACAAUUGCAUGCAGUCGGUGAAUGUCACCAGUUUUAGGAGACUAAGAAGCGAUAAAGAAUCGCCGCGUGAUGAAGGUUCUGCUCCUGAAGGAACGAGCAGCCCUUGCGUGAGCUGUUGUAGAGCUUGACAGUAAAAAUAAUACCUUUGCAGGUCCUUUUGACUGAGAUCACUCUCUUCUUUUAUCAGUGUGACGUUGUUUUGAUUAAUGAAAAUCUUUAUGGCUAAGUUCUUAA